AACCCACAUUUGCCACUCUAUCUAACACCAGCACUCUCAAGUCUCAACGUACCAAGAGAUCAAGAGAAACAUGGAGGGGAUGGAAGAUGAGGCCAAGAAGAAGAAGAAGAGGAGCAAGAAGCGCGGAAGGCUCAAGUCAUUCCUCCACUUCCCCAAGGCCCUCAAGAAGCUCCAUGGCCAUGGCCGUCCGAGCGCCAACGACAACCCAUCCCCUUCCCCCUCCGCCGCCGCAGCCGCCGGCUCGUUGCUCUCCGCGUGCAUGCACCCCCGGACCAACUCCUUCUCCUCCGGCGUCCGCCAACGCCACGUCGCUGCCGGUAACCGCGACGACGACGAUGGCGACGGCGCUCUUGCCGUCAACUUCCGGUCUCUCAGGGUCGGCCCGACCGCCGUUCCUGACGACGACGACGACGGCGACGAUGAGGACGGCUCGUCGACGCAGGAGGAUGACGGCGGCUCUGAGAGCGAGGGGGGCGAUGUCGUGGCCGGGAUGGCUGCCAAGAAGGUGUUCUCCGGAGGGAGCGGCUGCGGCGUGGCGGUGGUGACGCUCUCCGUCGCGCCGCACGAGGACUUCCGGCGGUCCAUGCGGGAGAUGGCGGACGCGCACGCGAGGGUGGAGGCCGCCCGCGUCGGCACGCGCGCGGCGACGGCGGUGGACUGGGACUUCAUGGAGGAGCUGCUGUUCUGCUACCUCCAGCUCAACGACCGGGCGGUGCACAAGGACAUACUCCGGGCGUUCACCGACACCGUCGCGGCGCUCCGGAGGCGGCGCAGGACACCGGCGCCGAAGCCGAAGAGCAGGCGGACACGGCAGCCGCGGAGGGGCGCCAGAGGAUCCGGCGUCGACGACGACGACGACGUCGACGAGGCGGUGGACUCGAACUCGUGAUCGUGUCGUGCGUACAUGCUGGCAAGCAUGUGUGUGUAGAUUUGGUAGGCACAGCAGCUCGCCGGCCGGCGCCGCCGGUCAUACUGCCGUCGGGCGGCUGCACAUGGAUUAACCGAUUAACUAACGCCCCCACCCUCUGAUCUAACAUAAUGGUAUGUGUUUAAUACGCGCGGUUUAUUACGAGUUUGUUUCAGCCUUUCAGAACGUUUUUCACUCCAUGUGGACUGAGGUGUCAAGUCAAAUCAAGGAUAUUAAU